UAAAUUAUCCUCUGGAAGCUUUCGCAUAUCUUCCAGGAUGGUCUUCUACUUCACCAGCAAUGUGGUCAAUCCGCCGGUGACUUUCUUCAUGGGACUGGAUAAAUAUGAGAAUGAAGAGCUGAUCAAGUGGGGCUGGCCUGAGGAUGUGUGGUUUCACGUGGACAAGAUAUCUUCCGCUCAUGUGUAUCUCCGCUUGCAGAAGGGACAGACCAUCGAUGACAUCCCUUCAUCGGUUCUGGACGAUGCUUGUCAGCUCGUGAAGGCCAACAGCAUUCAAGGCAACAAGAUCAACAACUUGGACAUUGUGUACACAAUGUGGGAGAACCUGAAGAAGACGGCCGGAAUGGAUGUUGGUCAUGUGGCGUUUCAUCGGGACAAGGAUGUGCGGAAGAUUCGGGUGGAGAAGCGCAUCAAUGACGUGGUGAAUCGUCUUAAUAAGACAAAGACUGAGGCUCAUCCAGACUUCCGGGCGGAGCGGGAGGCGCGCGAUGCCGUCGAGCGGGAGGACAACAAGCGGCAGCUGCAGCUGCAGAAGGAGCGGGAAAAGGAGGAGAUCAGGCGCAAGAAGGAGGAAGCUGAGCUCAGGAGCUAUACUAGUCUCAUGAAAUCCGACAAAAUGACCUCCAACUACGAUGACGGCAAUGAUUCCGAUGAAUUUAUGUGAAAAAAUCUCCUGCAAAAUAUAAAUCCGUCUGUUAUACAGAGA